AUCAUUUCUCCACAAUUCCACAAACUCAAAUUACCCAACUUCUUAAACACAUUCCCAUCACCUCACAAACCAUUAACCGAGAGCCAACUAGCGAGUAGAAUCAACUAUCAAGCAAUGGCAUCGAUGACCAUGACCGCUACCUUCUUCCCGGCCGUCGCCAAGGUUCCCUCAGCCACCGGCGGACGAAGGCUCUCCGUAGUCAGAGCCUCCACGAGCGACAACACACCCAGCUUAGAAGUCAAGGAACAGAGCAGCACCACAAUGAGGAGGGACCUCAUGUUCACGGCUGCAGCUGCAGCGGUUUGUUCUUUGGCUAAGGUAGCCAUGGCUGAAGAAGAAGAGCCCAAGCGAGGGACAGAGGCGGCCAAGAAGAAAUACGCACAAGUUUGUGUCACAAUGCCUACGGCCAAGAUCUGCCGCUACUGAUUCAACAACCCACCUUCUGCAUGUCUAUCUCUCUCUUUCAAUUUCGGUAAAUUUUCUCAAUUAAGUUUGGUCUGUAAUCGUAUAUUUGAUCAUCAAUUUACCAAAAGCCCUUUUAUCUUUCUACAAGAAUCGUCUUCUUUCACCAUUAGCAAAACUUGACAAAAGCAUUGCAUUGUGGAUACAAAACAGUUUCCCAAAAACUAGAUUGAUUCCAAACCGUCCUAGGUUAAAAAAAGACCACACUAAUCCAUACUGCAGCAGCAGUAGCUUUCUUAUUCUUAGGCAAAGAAACUUAAAACAGAAGAAUACCAAACUAAUACGUCCACCAU